UAAAUCUGUAAUAUUGUCGCACCUGUUGCUCCACUUGGAAGUCUGCUCGUCUGUCUGACCUGAAUCAAAAGGCCUACCAACCACCAAUCACAAAGGUGCCUCGGUGCCUCAGCUGCCGUAACCAUGGUGACGAGCCGCAAUCAGCCUCAUGGACAGCCACAGGUUUUCUGUGCUUGAAAAUAUUAGCGAAGUUUACGAUGUCCACGUAGCGAAAACAAGCAUCUUUCUAUCAUCUAGACCACGACCGUCACUACGCCCGGCAUUGCAGUCUGUGAAAAGGGGCGACUGAAUUUCUGUGCGAUUUGCAUCUUCCAACUCAAUCACUAUGCAUGAGAGUAGCAUUGCUCUGGACAAAAUUGCAGCACAGCUGUGGACAGCUGAAGUAAUCCCACGAGUGAAAGGUGCCGUAGUGUACAUGGACAAUCACAUGGCAGAAGCCGUGCACUGGAACAGAGGUGUUACGUGGAUCCUGGAAAGCGGUGCGGUGGCUGUUAGAGAGCUGUCAUAUUUCGAGUGCGGCCUCGACAAGUCAGAAGAAAAAGCAGUUUUCCUUGUAGGGGUUCCCUUAGUAGGGUCGUGUUGGUCACAAAUAUCUGCCGUAGUGCGCGCCAGCUGCUUCACCAGUUGUACCGUCAUCACAUCCUGUCCUGCAUCAGCACACCAUUCGGCCCUGUAUGGUGCAACACCUCAUCCCCAGCAAGAGCUCAGAAAUUCCUUCCUCCACCUCGAGGAACAGCUUUUGGACUGGAUGGGCAACAUGAACUUUUCAGUGAAGGUCAUCUACAUUCCUCUGGCUUUGAUAAGCGUGGCUCCGAGCUUCUUCCUCAUGCCUCAGUUCCGAGAUGUAUUCCCCAUGCUUCCAGUGUUUCAAGACACUAACGAGAAGCUUGUUCAGGAACUAGGAGCUCUACCCAGGCCUCUUCAUACAGACAUUCAGUCCUUAGUGGGAAACCUGUACAGCCUGUUGGAGUCGCUGAAUGUAAAGGCCGACAUCUUCUCACUGGGACCCACGUCGCACCUCAUUGGAGAGGAGCUGGAACGUUAUGCCAGGAAUUCGAAAAAUGGCAGGGGUCUGACACUAAUACUUGUAGACCGCACAAUGGACAUGGCAGGAGCGCUCACGUCGGCUUGCGAUUCUGUGAUGGACCGGGUAGUCCGUGUACUUCCCCCUCUUGCCAGUGGUCACUCAGUCGAUGUCCAGGUGGACAUGUCUCCCCUAUGCACCACCAGAUCAUUGUCAACUGCAGAAAGGGGAGCCCCAAGCUGUGUGGCAUCGGGUUGUCUUGCACACAAUGAUUCCACGGUUGCCAUGCAUCUCCUGGUCACUGCGAAGCAAAAGGAAUGCCUGAUGGAACUCAAUCGGUUGCUAGUAGAAUGGGGAAGUCGGAAUGGGGUACGGUUGGAUGUUGGAGGACGUCUCACCCCACAGCAGCUUCAGAAGCGUGUGACUCAAUUCAGAGGUACGUCCAGAAAUGUAUUACAAGGAGGCCUCUUACAGCAAGUGCUCGGGGUAGCUCAGGCGCUCUCCCACAGUGAUGCAGCCAAGUUACAGGAUCAAUAUGGUGCAGAGAAACUCCUGCUUCAAAAUGCUGUGGCCAAUGGUGGAUCCCCAGUGGUACAGCUGUUACAGAGCAGGGGAUCCAUGGGGCUCUCAUUGGAGGACGUCAUUGUUCUUCUUACACUGCUGUACUCGCUACUUGGCGAAAAGGCACUCGGCAACGAUGUGUCUCUGCUCAAGGCUGAAAUAGUGCAAGCAAUCUACCAGGCAGCUGAAAAGAAUGAGCUUCCUUACUUCCUGCAAGACCUGUUGGGAGAAGAUGUCCAUGAGGGAAAUGCAGUCCUGACAGCCGUGGAACACAUGUUCGAGGUACUUGAAGGCUUGGGUUCUACUGCCGACACAGCUAAGCACAGGUUACUUCUAGACUGCUCUAAUCCAGGCACUCAGCCAGCUGUGUACAAGCCCCUGGUACAGCAGCUUCUACAUGAAAUAUUACAAGAUGACCCAGCCCUCCCAUUAGAACACCAUGCUGGAGGCCUUACUGACAGGAUAAAGGCUGGAUUUGGAUUCUUCCGAGUGGCAGCGAAGCCACAUCCCAGGGACAACCCCGUAGUCAUUCUCUUCGUAGUUGGAGGCGUGACAGCGUCGGAGGCUAAACUUGUGUCAGAUCUUGUUGCGUCAAAUAAAAUUAACAAACAGGUGAUAGUUGGUGGUACAGCUCUGGCGAAACCUCGAGAACAGUUGCAACUUCUGUUCCAAAGAAGGUUUUUGUGAUAUGUGACCUACUGAUAGUGUGAUGUACUGAAAAUAAAUACCUAUAGCUAUACA